ACAACAAUGAACGAGAUGCACAGAGCCGAGUUGCUAAUUUUCUUCCCAACCAAAUUGUUCUUUUCUGGGGAGAGAGUGAUUGGAUAUGCAGAAUUGAGGAUACCAGCACAGAUGGGUAUUCUUGGUGUAAAGAUUGAUAUUUUCGGAAGAGAAUAUUAUACAAGAAAUUUACAAGAAGCUUUAAAGACAAAUUCUAACAGACGUGUUACUAAUAUCUUCUAUGAACAUACGACAAAAUUAGAAGGAAAGGGUUCUUCCAAGACUGAAGAAAAACAAUUCUUUGGCUUACUUUCAAAGAAAACUAAUACAAUUCUUCAACCUGGUGUAUAUAGAUAUGAUUUUGAUAUUCCUUUGCCUGAUUUCUUACCUCCAACAUAUAAGACUAAUAUGAAUGCUAUCAGUGGUAGUAAGAGUAAUUAUGGUUUGCCAUCUAUUGAUUACGAAUUAAGAUGUACCUGCCUCAACACAGAUAAGUCUGUUGGCAACUUGAUUUCAUCAGCUGCUGUUCCAAUCGGAGGAAGUUUGAUGACACCAUCAUUUCUCGGAAAUAAUACUGUUCCAUAUACUGAUUCUAAAGUUAAAACAUUUAUGUUUGCAAGUGGUGGUAUUACAACAACAAUCCAAUUUCCUACUAGAGUUUUCUUAACUGGAGACUCUCUUCUUGGACAAAUGACAAUUGAAAAUAAUUCUCAGAAAACUGCUACAGAUUGUGAAUUGAGCUUUAUUCAAAGAGUUGAUUGUAUGAGACAAGGUUAUAAGGAGCCACUUAAGAGUGAUGUUUAUGUUAUUAAGAAAAUUAUUUUAGGUGAAUUAAAAUCAAAAGAAAGAAAGGUUAUCACUUUUAAUCCUCAAACUGGUGUUAAGGUUCCUGAUUUUUGCGUUGAAAGUGUGUUCACACAUCAAAAGAUGGGCACUCUUGUAAAUGUAAAUUACUUAUUGAAAUUAACAGGUAAAAUAAGUAUGGCUACUGAUCUUGAUUAUGAACAAUUGGUUUAUGUUGCCAAUAGAGCUAGACAUGCACCAUUCCAACAAAUGCAACCUCAACAAACUCAACAAUUCACUCAACCGCUCAAUCAACCUGUUACUGCAGCUUCUCCAUUUGUAAAUAAUUCUCCUCAACAACCAGUUGUGAAUCAAUUCCAACAACCUCCUCAACAAACUCCAAAUCAAUUCCAACAACCAAACUAUUCUCAACCUUAUGUUCAUCCAUACGCACAAUCCCUGCAACAAUCUCAAUCUCAGCCAGAACAACAACCACUCAGAAGAAAUCAAUCCCAAUUCGAAGAAUUCAGACCUAACGAAGAACAUAAUGAACAAAUGAAUAUGUUGGAAGGAUCAGCCCCUCCAGAACAAGAAUCCACAGACAUCUAUGAAUACAAAGAUGAUAACAGUAUGGGUCUGUAUCCAACCUUAGAUAAAGGUGUGGCUUAUAAUUUACCUCCAAUCCCAAUCAGUGUUUAUGAUAGCCAAGCAAGAAAAAUAUUGGAAGAAGAAAGAAAUCACCAAUAUCAACAACCUCCACAACAAUAUCAACAUCAAUACCAACAACCUCCACAACAGUAUAAUCCUCAAUAUUCUCAACCAUACCACACAAACUAUCAACAAUAAAACUUUUUACUCUUCCACUCAA